GACACGAUGAGUGAAGAAUUCAUCGUCGACCAUGAGCGGGCCGCCAUGGCAACAGAGAUGUUUUUACAUUUCUGUGCCGCAACCACAAUGAAACAGAUCCGGGGCCUCUACUGGAACAUGCUGGACACGAUCGGGCUGCGACCGGGACCGCUGAACGAGUUCUAUCCCAAGCUGAAGGCAUCGAUUCGUGACUGGCGCGCGCAGGCACUGUUCAAAAAGUUCGAUGCACGCGCCGCCCUCAAGGUGUACAGCAAGGGCAAGGCCGCCACCAACACACGCGUCCUGAUCGUCGGUGCCGGACCGUGUGGUUUGCGUACCGCGAUCGACGCUCAGCUUCUCGGUGCCAAAGUGGUUGUGGUGGAAAAGCGUGACAGAAUUAGCCGUAACAAUGUACUGCACCUGUGGCCAUUCAUCAUACACGAUCUGAAAGCGCUCGGUGCGAAAAAGUUCUACGGCAAAUUUUGUGCCGGCUCAAUCGAUCACAUCUCGAUCCGCCAGUUGCAGUGCAUACUGCUGAAGGUGGCAUUGCUGCUCGGCGUCGAAAUGCACGAGGGUGUGUCCUUUGUGAAGGAGAUCGAACCGGGCGAUGGAUACGGAUGGCGUGCUUCGGUGUCACCGGAAGAUCAUGCUGUCUCACACUACGAGUUCGAUGUGCUGAUCGGUGCGGAUGGCAAGCGCAACACGCUCGAAGGAUUCCAGCGCAAAGAGUUUCGCGGCAAGCUGGCGAUCGCCAUCACGGCCAACUUCAUCAACAAGCGCACGGAAGCGGAAGCGAUGGUGGAAGAGAUCAGUGGCGUUGCGUUCAUCUUCGAUCAGCCGUUCUUUAAGGCGCUGUACGAAAAGACGGGCUGCGAUUUGGAGAACAUCGUCUACUACAAGGACGAUACGCACUACUUUGUGAUGACGGCGAAGAAGCAUAGCUUGCUGCACCGCGGUGUGAUAAUAAAGGAUCUGAGCGAUCCGGCAGAACUGCUCGCACCGUCCAACGUGGACAAACCGAAGCUGUACGAGUACGCGCGGGAUGCGGCCAACUUUGCCACCAAGUAUCAGAUGCCCAACCUGGAAUUUGCCGUCAACCAUUACGGUACGCCGGAUGUGGCCGUGUUCGAUUUCACCUCCAUCUUUGCCGCGCACAACUCGUGCAAGGUGACGGUGCGCAAAAACUAUCGACUGCUGUCGUGUCUGGUCGGUGACAGUUUGCUGGAACCGUUCUGGCCCACCGGGUCGGGAUGUGCUCGAGGCUUUCUGUCCAGCAUGGACGCGGCGUAUGCGAUUAAGCUGUUUGCUAAUCCGAAAAACAGUUUGCUGGCGACGAUCGCACAAAGGGAAUCGGUGUACCGCCUGCUGGGGCAAACGACGCCAGAAAAUCUGAACCGCACCUUCGGUGCCUACACACUCGAUCCGUCGACGCGCUACCAAAACCUUAACAAAUCGUCGGUGCAGAUAUCGCAGGUCAAGCAUCUGCUAGAUACGGAUGAUCCGGCGCUGCUCGAGCAAACGUUCUUCGAUAGUAAUGCGAUCGCGUCGAGUGUUACGCCCGCUACCGAGCUGCCAGUUAAGCGGAAGCGGCGCACGGUCGACGUGGUGCCGCUCGGUGCUACGCUGCUGCGCUGGCUCAAGUGUCAGCUGAAGGAUAGUGGGUUCGUGCAGGAAUUGAACGAACCGACGGAAUGUUUCACCAACGGCAAGGUGCUGUGUACGCUGAUUCAUCGCUACCGGCCUGAUUUGGUUAAUUUGGAAGAGUUGACCGACUUCAGUGCCGAUGUGUGUAAUGAGCAUGCGUUCAAUAUUUUCGAAAAUCAAUUGGGUAUACCGCGUGUAAUGUCCGGCCAGGAGUCAGUUACGCUAGCCGGCGUCGAUCCCAAGGUAUGGCUCAACUAUCUCGAACAGAUCUGCGACGUGUUCCGUGGCGAGAUACCGCACGUGAAGCACAUCAAGUUGGAUUACGCCGAGUUCAAGCAGAAGCAGGAAUCGAAUGUCGAUGCCUGGGCGAAACUGGGACGCAUGGCGGCAGUCCAACGUAUGGCCGCGAUCGCUAGCGGUGUGCGUCCGGGCGACGGUGAUCUCGGUACGAAGGAUGCCGUACCUACUGCGGCCGCGUCGACCGCAUCGUUCGGUCCACGGGGCGGUGCUAAAAAUUACUACCAUCCCAAUGCUGAGGAGGAACGCUACAAGCGUGGCCAUGGUGGUGUUGCAUCGCCACAAAACGAUACGAUGCGACGGAUGCGCAAGCGACGCAGCAACGAAAAGUCCGGCAAUAUCGAGGAGCGCAUUCACCGACUGCGGGAGAUUGAGGCGAAUCGGCUCGAUCGGCAGUUGAAGCGUUGUGAACAGCGUGCCAGGCAAACGGAAAACUUCUACAAGAGCAUCCACAUGCUGCAGGCAAACACUUUCCUGCGCGAAAGUGAUAAUGCCGGCGCAUUCGACGAUUAUUCGCUCUACAUGUAUCGCCAGUCGGCGCCACAGUUUAACGAUCGUGUCCGCGAGCUCGAGCUGAAGCUGCGCUAUCCCGAUCGUGAACGGGGUCUGGCAGCAGCGUAUCCGCGUGGCUUAAACGAUGGCGAUCAGUUCAGUGACCGUGUACGGACGAUGGAGCAGCGGAUCGACGGCAAGUCCGUACCGGUGGUCGAGAAGAAGCCGAAAGAUUUGCUCCGCGCAAUCGGCAAGAUCGACAGUAGCGACUGGAAUGUGAAGGAGAUCGAGCGCAAAAUUGAGCAGUCGAAGAAAACGACCGACAUCGGUAAGAGCCGCGAACGGGUACCGAACUGGAACCGGGAACAGUUUUUGGCCCGCCAGAACCGGCUAAUGCAACCGCAGGACGAUGAGAAGUACAAGGAGAUUGACAGUUCGCUGAAGGCAAUCGACAAGCAGUUGAAGGAGGGCCACAAUCUGGACUUGGGCGAGCGGGGAAAGAAUAAGGUCGCUUUGAUUGCGGGCCAGCUGCAAACGUCCAAACAGGCACAGGCAAAGCAGCAACAGCAACAGCAACAGUCGGUACAGCAGCAACAGCAAAAAUCGAACCAAAAGGCACUCGUCCUGACGGCAAGUGGUGUGGCCGAGAAGUGUCACUUCUGCAAGCAGCGUGUUUAUCUGAUGGAGAAGAUUUCGGCCGAAGGCCUAACCCUUCAUCGGUCCUGCCUGAAGUGUCAUCACUGCCAUACGAUAUUACGCCUCGGCUCGUACGCGUUCGAUCGCGAUGAUUCCGAGGGACGGUUCUAUUGUACGCAGCAUUUCAAGCUGCCAGCGAAAACGCUCAAACCGGCAUCCCGUAAAUCGCAAGCGAAGUCACGUGUUUCGGGCACUAUCAUCGGGCGCGUGUACGAUGCGAGUGAUGCGGGCGUACGUACCGGUACGAUUUCGUCCGGCGCCGAGCAGCACGGUGCGUCCACGGUGGACUAUCUGGCGCGUAACAGAACGCCCGACAAUGACGAUUCGGAUGGUGACGCGAAUAUGGAGGUGAUCGACGAGAAUGAAUGGACGGAUCGUAACUUUGGUACCGAGUCGGAAGUAUCCGAAGCGGAAAUGUCCAGUUCGGACGAGUCGGAAACGGACAGUGAGUCGGAUUAUGAGGAAACGGCCGGUUCGCCGCUCGGUGCGCAAACGCUGCAGCUUGCAUCGGAGUGGAUCAGCGACAAGCGGUUUUCCAACAUGGUGGACAGUGAUGCCGAUUUCUACAGCUACUCCAGUGAAGAUGAUGAUGCGGACUCACAGACGGAAGGCGAAGAGUUGGCACGGGCACGGGAGAUGCGCCGACAGGAAGUAAAGCUGAUGCCACCGCCCACACUUCCAACCGACACCGAAACUGAGGUUGUCACCAUGCAGAAGGUUAGCGUGGGUGAAAUUGGUGACGCACCGAAAUGUGUGCCGCCGACACCGGAACAGGCACCGCUAGAAAGUGUUGAGGAUCGUGCGAUUAAGGAGCGUAUGCUUCAGAAGCUGAGCGUUCGCGAACAGUGGCUGCACGCGCAAAGUGGUUCCUCGCCGGAACGGGUCGAGUCGAAAUUGGCACCAGCAGAGAUAACAGCAACAACCGGUGGUGAUUCGGGCAAAGUCAAAAGUACCUCAUUCUUCGGUGGGCUGAUGAACAGUUUAUCUACACUGAUCAAACCGAAAUCACAGAACUCACCAUCAGCUAGCACACCAUCCCCACCACCAACACAAAAACAAGUGUCUCAACAAGUGUCACCUUUGCUUGUAUCAUCAUCACUAUCAUUGCCCGUAGCACAGCCAUCAGCAGUAGGUUCUGGUGCUGCAACAUCAACUACAACCAUCACCACCCCAAACACCGGUAUCGGUAACUACCAAGCUGCUGUUCCACCGUCUCCCAUACCGUCACUAAAGCGGGAUAAGAGCGUACCACCCUCCCCGACGGCAGCGGUAAAAGGUCCCAAAACUAUCCCACCAUCACCGACGCCAUCGCUCAAGAAGCAUCGCAAGCACGCAAAGUCGGAAGCCUCACCGUCACGCAACAGUGAGCGAGACUUUGAACGACUGGUCCAGGAUGCUGCUUCACGUCAGCAGUUGUCCUCUUCACCGCACAGUCAGCGUUCCGGUUCGGUGGUCAGCACCACCAGCCGUUCUAGCCGGCACCGUGCUACACCGACGAAGGAUGCGCUCGACGAAGCAGACGAGUUCCUUGCCCAGAUCAAGCAAGAACAGCUAGAGGCGGAAAAGCGCUCGAAAAAGCAGGAAGCGAAGAAAUUCCAGAGCAACAUGCAAUCGAUCCGGUCAGCCGUGGACGGCGGUCCCAAGGUGGUGGGAGUGAAAAGCGAGCAGGACGUCGCGAAGUUCUUUGCCGAAAAGCAAAAAGCUCACACAACCAAGAAACCGAAACAACUCGCAAACAAGGACGUGACGGCACUGCAGGCGAAUAGUUUGGCGCGCUACUUCCCGGGUAGCUCGGGUGCAAAGGGUAACAGUGCCACCGGUACACCGUCGUCGGUAUCGAGUGUGGAAGGCUCACCGGCACUGGGUCGCAAGAAGCCGAGUGAGGUGGAUCUGCUGAAGUAUUUCGGACCGACUGGCGGUAAUGGUAAGUGUAAUGCACCGUCCUCGACACCACCGUCGUCGGUAGUGUCUCCGGUUAUUUCACGCAAGAGCAGCAUUGAAUCGCCUGGAGCAAUUCGCAAAACGAGUACCAGCGCUGCCCUCAGUCCUAAGCCGCCCGUUGUACCUUUGCCGCCGAAGAAGAAUAUUCUUGCCUUCCAACCGAUCCGAAAAUCAAAGACAGAAGCUGCUAUACAACCGGCAGAGCCGAAGAAAAAUAUUCUCGCUCUCCAGCCGAAAGCUGUUCAAUCGAAGGUGAAUCCAGAGCCGAAACCUCUGGCUUCUCCAAAGUUGGAAGCAAAGAAGAGUACAUCCGCUACAUCUACCACCAGCCCGCAGAAGUCGUCGGUUAUCGAUCCGGACGAACAAUUGUUUGAAGAUCUUCUGCAGGAUGUAAACGAUGAGCUGGUUGACACUUUCGAUGCUAUAGUGGAAGAAUCGAGAUCUAACAAAUCAAGUCCGAAGGAGACAAGAAAGAAUAAAACCGCCUCGAAUAACGCGACUCGUAAAGGAUCGCCGAAGAAAGCGAAGAAACAGAAUGAUGGGGGAGGUACCUCUAAGGAGGAAAAACCCACCACCGUUACGGGACAACCUGUACCGAAAAUGACCAUUAAAAGGCCACCGUUUAAGAUAACGAUGCCGGUCAAGAUGCAGGAAACACUGGAGGAAAUAUAUCUAGCCAGUCUGUCUAAGCUCGAUACACGCUCAUCUUCGCUAAUUGAUUUAACGAAUCUCUCUAUUUCGACGGAGACGGUGGACGCAUCUGGUAGUAGUAACACCGUACCGACCGCAUCCACACAGUUAGGUAAAGUUUUGGAAGAGCCGGAGGGAGACACGCAGCAAAGGGCGAGCUCAUUUGCCGCUAGCUCCCGAAACGGUGACAGUGUUGAACUUACUUUGCAGCCCUUUCAGGCCCCCCAGCAACCGAAGCAGCAAACGCCGAAAGCACCAGCUUCCAGGCAAACGAAAGACGCGAAAGCGACGACGACACCGUCAGCGACGGCCACGAGGAAGGAAAGCAACGUCAUGCCGGCGCCAACAGUGUCCAAGGCGGAGACGGCAACGACGAUGCAGCAAGCGAAAUCGAUGAAUGGUCCAGCGGACACAGCAGCAAAUCUGAAGGCUGGCAGCCAGGUGAACUUGGCGACUUCAAUUCAACCUGCAACGCCAUCGACUGGAACACCGACUGCUUCGAGGAAAGUUAUCUCUAGUGUGCAGAUUUCGUUGAAACAAUCAACAGCGUCCUCUACUGUACCACCGGAACCGAACAUUAAACAGCGCGAUAGUACACCUAGCACCAACUUGUCGAAGCCGACCGUUACGAAGCUUCCUAUCGCUAAGCCUGCAUCAUCCAACAAAACAGCGUCAGUAUCGAUUGCGAACCUGAAGAAACCGAAUGAAGAAAUCCUUACUGCGCCUAAAUCUGCUUUCACGGUUGUAUCAAAGGAUCCGUUGUCUCAGAAAUCCAUCUCAAUGCUUGAGCUGCACCGUACACCAACAGUGACUAAACAGGAAAAGAGUUCGGAAACGUCUGCCAUUACUUGUAACGGUUUAGCUACACCGACCAUGAAGAGGAAACCACAGCCAAAAGUACAGAGAGAAGUGACCAAACCAACGGCAAGCACUGUGCCUAAGAAAAUGUCUUCUCUGGAUGUGAAGCAUCUGAAGAUGGAGGAAAAGGAUGGAAGCAAACCAAUGAUAGAGCCUCAAGAGCCUCAAGAGUUAAGGAAGAAUGUAGAAGCUAUCUCAGAUAAAAACUCUAACGAAGCAACAGGCAGUAGUGGCAAGCCUAUGCCACCACAUACCCGCUCUCGUACACUCUCAUCCGACGAGCAGUGCUUUGAGGAGCUUCGCAAAAAGCAUGAGGCUAUAUUUGCCAAUCAAGAAGCCGUUAAACCACUUACUUCCCAUCCAGACAUUGCUGCACCCAAAACGUUGUCAGAUGUGCGCAAUUCGCUUCUAGCUGCACAGCAACCCAUCGUCAAAGAUUCACCAGCCGCACUGGAAAUGGACGAACGUAUUGAUCCCCAUUACAGGGAGGGUAUUAAUCAGCUGAUGAUGGAACUGAUGCCAGGUGUUGCGCUCGAUGACGAUGUACCGAUACCGAAGCAACGCCAGAAAUCCUCUUUCCAGAAAGAGUUGCAAAAGCUUCAGCGAGCAAACUCGAGCGCGGUAGUAGGUCCUUCUGCUGCGGGGGUGAAACCACCAACACCUGCUAGUAACGCCGAAUACAAGAUGGAAGUGAUCCGUACACCAAACACUACGAAGCCUACCAUUAGUUCGGUGGAAAAGCGACAAGGAAGUGAAGAAAAAAUGCAGAUACGUCUUGAGCGCUCGACGCAGAUAAAGGAGCAGUACGCGAAAAAACCCAACGUGGUGUUGCCUACCGUUGUACCAUUCGCUACCUCUACCAGUAGUGGUAAAAAGCAAUCCUUUGUCAUGCCAAACGUUCCUUCGGAUAUUGAUAAACAUCGAGGAAUUCUUAGUCGAGAUACGGUGUCGAGCAAGAAGCAAGAGAUUGAAGACUUUGACGAUUUGUUGGCAAAGAUUGAUGUUGAUAGCGCAGUGGUUGCGGAUAUUGAUUUGGACGAGCUCCUAUCGGACAGUGACGAUGUAACGAGCAAGAGUGUCUCAAAGGUUGCAACUUGCGAUAUCAAGAGCACAGAAAAGAAAGCUGAAGCACAAGCAGCAAAUAAGCAGGGUCAAGCUAAAGUGGAAUCUAAGCCGUACGGAGAAGUUAACAAUAAGACUGUUAAGUCUACUGCUACCUCUAAGGCACCAGUGGGCAUAGUUAACACGAACAGUAGUGUGAAGGUGGAAAGGAAACCAGAUGCAUCUUCAGGAAAUACUCUUGGACAAGCUAAAACGGAAGCAAAGGCGUAUGAAGGUAGAAACAAUAAGACUGUGGAAUCGACACUUUCUAAAACACCAGUGGUCAAUGCUAAAACGAACACUAGUAGUGUGAACUCUUCUUCAAUUCCUAUUUCUGAAGCAAUGUUGAGCGAAACUAUCUCCCAACUAACAGAGAAAAUGAAUCAAUCACGCAUCAACGGUCCGAAACCCACUCCUCCACGAAAGCAAGAGGAACGCUCGAAAGAUAUGUUCACGAAACUGUUCAACACCACCGAUGCAUCCCAAACGGAUUUGGCUAUGUUCGAGGAACUGUGCAAGAAGGAAGACCCAGAACCGAAACAAAAUCGUUCCGAUUUGGUCGAUAGUUCUACAAUUGCACGGCGAGGAUCGCCUACCGCUGCUAUCAUGCCUGAUGUAAUUAGCUCCACCAAGAAGCCAUCUUCCAUCGGUGAACCGAAUGCGAUGAAAAUUCUCGAAUGCUUAGAUACACUGAAGCAAGGCUGCAGUACUGCAUCGAUGAAGGUGGACAGUGUUGUUCCGACAGUUCCCUUGGUGCCAGCUCCACAAGAGAUACAGGUGUACACUCUUCAUACAGCUAGAAGCGCAUCACAGGAAGCGGACAAUGACACUCAACCGCAACCAUCGACGCAGGGUAUGUCGGGUGAUUAUGCGCACAUCUUGAAGGACAUCACGUCUGGAUUGGUAGGAGCAGACUUUGCUGCACCGGUUGUGUACGAGCCGCCGGUACGUGAGGAACAACCAGCACCACGCAAGGAACGGUCCGAUUUUAAGGCAUACAAGCAACUGUUAGAAGAGAAAUCGUCCCGUGAAGAACCGAUCCCAACGAGCAGCACCAGUGCGGCGGUAAUCGAGCCACAGCCCCAACGACCACUUCGCCGACAGAAGAAAUUCGAUCGUACCGACACUACCUCACCAGUCCGUGCGUUCGAUAACUCGAUCUGCAUCGAUCCGUGGCGGGCUCGAAAAUCUGCCAGUAUUGAAAACAUUGCCAUCGAGCAGGUGUUUGUGAAGCAAAACGAUGCCGUGGUGGACACGUUCUUCGUCGUGCCAGACACUAGACAACAGUCUGCACAGCGUUCGUCUAAGAUACGCCGCUCGAAAUCGUACGAUCGGUUGGCAGUGCCGAUGGUGGGUGGCCAACGGCGAGGUUCAAUGAAGCAAAAGCAAUCGCUCGAAGAGUUGCGGGACUUUGGGUACGAUGUGGAGCCUUCCUCACGUUCGCGCCAUUUGGUUGAUCCACGUCUGCGCCAUAUCGAUCUGGAUCUCGGUUCGGACGAAGAGCUUGCCAGUCUUCGUGACCAUCCAGCGAGACGCUGGCAGACGUCCGGUGCUGGUAAGUUCCGCAAGAACAAAUCUAUGACCGAUGUAGCAACCGGUCGAUCUGCACGUGCCACCAAGGACACGCAUGCUGUUGAGCCACCGAAGGUGGAUAUUGAUCGCGAGUCUCCCAGACCGCGUACAACGGACUUCUCCAAAUGGGAAGCAAUUCUUGAUAGAGGCGUAACGUACUACGAGGGUGGCGCCAAACCGAAACUGGACAUUAAGAGUUUGGAAAAACGUGUCGAGGAUCUGGAUGUGCGCCGUGCACGUCCAUUACGCCGGAAAGCGAUCCCGAAGGAUUAUGAUCCGGACGAGUACGUGCCGCGCAUCAAUCGCCGUGGAGCGGAUUUGUACGACUAUCCCGAUCCGACCCUGCCACGAGACUACGAUCCGGAGGAAUACGUACCGAAGCCGGCCCGCCAUGCACAUGCGGUUCCAUCGCCACCUGGUCAACCGUUGCCGCGAUCGUACGAUCCGGACGAGUAUAUCCCGAAAGCGAAUAAACGCGAACCGGCAUGCUAUGAAGUACCGGUCGCUAUACAGCGUACUCCGGCGAAGUACUUCAAGGAUCCGUACUACCACCAGAUAGAUGAGAUGCCACCGGCACAUUAUUCGGGUCCUGCGGAACGACCGCUAGGGCGUUCGAAAACUACCACACACGUACCUGCCGCCAGCAGUAGCGUAGCGGUUCCAAUCUCAUCUACUGCUAGCAGAGGAGUAGGAUACGAUCGUGAACCUCCGCCACGUGAUAUCGCACGGUCGCAGUAUGCACGUCGUUAUGAUGCGGAGGAUCGUCACAUCGUCGACCGCAGUCACCGGUUGCACGAGAAGACGAACAAGUUCAUACGCACCCAGCUGACAAGGAACGAUCCGAACCCUUACAUACGGGAAAUGCUCGAGAACGAUAGCGACGACGAGUACCAUCACCCGACGGUUAGUGGUGCGGCGAGCUAUCACCAUCAACGGCCCGGACUGAGCAGCUCCAGUAGUAUGGCGUACGGAACCGGAUCGACGUACGGUAGUUCGGGUGCAGCCGCCAUGAGUCGCAUCCAGACGAAGGCGAUCACACAACCGUCACGCAUGUUGCAGUACGGUGCCCGCAAAGACUACCCUUCGACGACUAUCUCCGGUAGUGGUGGUAGUCGUUCAGCUGCUGGCACCUCAUAUGACCAUCGUCGUCGCGGUGGUGAUACAUCGCGCAAUCGUGACAACUGCAAUAUAUCGUAACGUGUG